ACACCUAAGAAAACCCAGACACCUAAGAAAACCCAGACACCUAAGAAAACCCAGACACCUAAGAAAACCCAGACACCUAAGAAAACCCAGACACCUAAGAAAACCCAGACACCUAAGAAAACCCAGACACCUAAGAAAACCCAGACACCUAAGAAAACCCAGACACCUAAGAAAACCCAGACACCUAAGAAAACCCAGACACCUAAGAAAACCCAGACACCUAAGAAAACCCAGACACCUAAGAAAACCCAGACACCUAAGAAAACCCAGACACCUAAGAAAACCCAGACACCUAAGAAAACCCAGACACCUAAGAAAACCCAGACACCUAAGAAAACCCAGACACCUAAGAAAACCCAGACACCUAAGAAAACCCAGACACCUAAGAAAACCCAGACACCUAAGAAAACCCAGACACCUAAGAAACAGAAAGUGUAA